ACAAAAGGGCGUUGCCACUACUAAGGUCUAACCACCAAGGGGCUUGAGUAAAAAUUUUCAGUUAAUCGAUAAAAACCGCCAGUAGUGGAUUAUAUAACAGAAUGAAACUGACUUGGAGCUGCCAAACAAGAACCACAUGCACUAGGGUUAAUCAAAUUCGGCAUUGCGAAAUCAUUCGUCUUCAAAUUCUGGAUCAUCUCAACAAAUACUACGAGUGGAAUCAUGAACUGUGAAGUUUUCAAGCUGAAAGAACUUGAUGUGGAGCAAUUUGAGAUACAAGUUGUUCUCCAAUGCAUUCUUCAUACAAUCAUGUUUCAUAGAGCAUCAGGUCUGAUAUAUCCAAAGAAUGUGGAUUUGGAACUCUUUGAGAUAACAUAUAUGCAGUGUAAUGAUGUUGUAAUUGAGAGGAAAAUUGAUGAGAAGAUUACCCAAUUCAUCAAUAAGGUGAAGAAGCACCCCAACCAGAAACACCAGAUCUGCGUGUCCUUCUAUGAAUCCAAAAACAAACAGACCUCAUGGUUCACAAAGAAAGUUGAACAUCGCUACUGGGAACACUGGUAUGUAAAUUUGAAUGUGGCUCAUCAUCCAAAACUAGAUUCUGGCAAGUCUCGCAACUCCAAAGUUGUUAACCCAGAAGAGAGUGCACCUGACGAGAGGGAGGCUCGGCACUCAGGACUGGAAUUGUCUCUUCGUGAAGUUCUGUUUCAGAUAAUCAACUUUGUUAAAGAGAAAAAGGACCAUAUUCCGUCGAUAGAAAAUCUUGAGGGUGCCUCAUUUCCCUUUGAGAUCACCAUCUCAAGUUUAUCAGAUUCUGCUUUUGGGAUGGAACUGCUCAAGAGAAUGCUCCCGCAUGGCAAUCGACCAUGCUCGGGUGACUUGCAGUUUCUAAAGGGAUCUGAUUCUGUUUAACUUCAUGAUUGGGGUAAGGUACAAUUGUUGUCAUCUGAUGUCUGAAAAUGGUGAAUGUUAGUUGUAAAUGGGGGAGGCUUCUGGCAGAUGACUAGCUCAGCUGAACGAAAUGAAAAUCAUAUGUACAUAUCAUACUCGUCAAAACUACAGUUUUGCUCCUUUCUCGUGUUACAUGCCAUUUCGCUAUAUGAACGUGGUCCC